UAAAAAUUAAGGUACUAUGGGCCAAAAGGGCCCAUUUAGAUUGGGCCCACAAUGAAGCUUUAAAGAAUUAUGAUGAGGCGGUGGAGCCCAUUAAGAUUUUAUGGGCCGGCCCAAACAAUGAGUUGAAAGUAUCACAAUGACCGGUUCCAUUCAUUCUGAUUAAUUUAUCGUGCUUCGCUUUCUUCAGUCGUGGAAGUGGCAGUGGCAGUGGCUGUGUCGUUGCAAUGGCGUUAGGUCACCGGCGGUCAUGGAAAAUCACGGUACAUGCGAAGGUGAACGACCUUUAUAUCAAGUUCAAGGCCACCGUGAAACGUCCGUCGGGAAAAUUCCGAAGCCUUCUUAAUCUGGAUAAAUUACUCGUCGGACUGGAUUCCAAAUCGGAGUCUCGGAUCCUCGUUCAACAACAUCGGACUUUGAAAUCCAGAAUAAUCAGCUUCGUAAAGAAACAUUUCCGGCGUCGCCGAUCGAAAACCGGUGUUGGCUUCAAAAUGCCGGAUCCAUACCUAGUCGAUGAAACUGAAUAUCAAUCUUGGCGUUUGGGCCGCGCGGAAUCAAGUUGCGCGGCUGUUUUUGGUGUCGGAUUGGGUUAUUUGCUUGCGGAAUUUGGCGCCAGCGCCGCAGUGAAGAGAGUCGGUAUCAUUCCUAGCUUGAGUUCCUUCUUACUUGUGUGCGUUGUUUUAUUUGUUUUAUUGUUCCACAAAUCCAAGUUUCUUUGGGCAAUGCUAAUGGCUGUGCUUUCUCUUUUACUGCUAGAAAUUGACAGAUUUCUGGAACUUAUAGAUUUAGAGCAAUUUUGGUAACUUUUUUUUUUUUUUUUUU